CUCUGACACCCGCCCAUCGGACGCUCAGCAUCUCUGGGAUUCUAAGGACAAUGGGCAUUUAUGGGCUGGCCAGGACGCUGAGCUUUUCUGCAUGAUGAUUGGAUGAUCUGUCUGAGGCUGAAUCUCUUUUUGAUUGACAGCGAAAUGAGCCAAUCACCGAUCUUUUGAUGUUGGCCUUGUGGAAGCAUUUUUCAAUUCUCAUUCUGUUCUGAGUUGAACUGGAGACUUCUUCUAAUCAUCUGAGCGACACUCUCUUUGUUGAAAACGACUAGCGACAAAUUAAUCUUUCAUUUCUGGUGGGUUUUAUUGUAGUUGCUGUAGUUGUAGGACACUAGUCGCUGGAAAAGACGCCUUGUUGGUUUGACACGGUCACAGAUAAUUUUCUUGAAAAGGAACAGAGAGUAGAAUCCACGUAUAAAUAAACAGACAUAUUUACAAUGUAGGCAGAAAUUGAGCUUCACCUCCUUGACAGACCAGUAUCUGCCACUGAUAUAUGUUCCCCAAAUCAUUCAAAUUUGGUCAGGUUGUUUCCAAAACUGUGGUCAUUCAAAUUUCGAAUUUAUGUAUUUAUAUAUAUUGGGUUGACAGGAAUUUCAAAUGUAACUGUUUAAAACAUUUACAGCGAAUAUGCAUUGAAAAAAUAUUCAUCAUAAUACAGCAAAAGUGGUUCUUAAGUUUUUUUUAGUUAGAACUCAUAUUUCAUUGAGAUAUUCAUAGAGGCCAACCAUUAUUCAUAUAAUUUUCAAAAUAAACUUUUGUUGAAGUUUUCUUAACUCAAAGGGAUAUACAGUAUAUCUCAAUGCGAGAAAACAUUUUUUAUCGUUAACACAAAAUCUUUAUGUCUGACAGAGAUAUCAGAUACGUAUUUUUUUCCUCCUAUGAUAUCUACCAAGCUGUUCCAGAAAAAAAUGGGUGGGUGUGUUCUAAGACACGAUACAUGUGCCAAUUUUAGGGAGCCACAUUACAUGGCAGCAAGGGGUUGAGUUAUGACCUACUGGACUCUCUGGAAUUUCAGAGUCUAAAAUUCACUCACCUCUGCUCAACUUAUUUGUGCUGAGACAGAAGGCUCCUCACUCUUAAGACAGAGCACCAACUGAGUGAUCGGUAAGAUGUGCACUGCUUUUUCAGCACUGCUUCAUGAAAAAUAUUUACGACUGAAGAAUUUGAUCAUCGACAGGACGUGUGUUCAACUUUCAUCUUGGCAGACAAAGCAGCAGCUAGCAGCUGAAGGGACUGUGUCCAAUCAGGAAUUCUUUUUCUCUGGAUAUUUAGCAGACUGUAACAAGGCCACAUAUAUUCAAAUGGAGAUUUCAUUUGAAGAUGGUAAAAACUCCAGUACUAAGUUUGAGUACAAGCCAGUUCACCAGGCAUUUAGGGAUCGCUGGAAAGAGACGGAUGAAACAAUGUGUCGCCACAGCAUGUCCUUUCACUUGCACCAUACAAUGAGGAGUGACUUCUUCGCCAGCUACCUGUACCUGUUGGAGAAGAUUCCUCUCGCGAAACUGUUUCCAGUCACAUGUGAGUACAUCCAAGGAGAGAAACAGUUCUACUACAAAGCGCAACAGUUCUAUGAGGAUGUCCCAGCCUCAGAAGAGGGAAUGAUGGGAGACUUUGUGGAAAUAUCAAAUGUGGAUCUGGAGACUUCCCGACAAUUUCUAAAGAGGUUUGUGGGCCCUGGAAAGGCUGGCACUCACUGUGCUCUGGACUGUGGCUCCGGUAUUGGUCGUGUGACCAAAGGAGUUCUCCUCCCGGUGUUUGAGAAAAUGGAGAUGGCAGACAUGAUGGAGCACUUCCUUCUCCAUGCACAUGAGGACUACCUGGGUGAUCAUGCAGAUCGAAUUGAGACCUACUACUGCUAUAACCUACAAGAAUUUACACCGCCAAAAAACAAGUAUGAUGUCAUCUGGAUGCAGUGGGUGGCAUGCCACCUGACAGACAAAGACCUGAUGAAUUUCCUUAUUCGCUGUAAGAAGAGUUUGCGUUUAAAUGGUGUCAUUAUUAUAAAAGACAAUAUGGCACGACAGGGAUGUAAGCUGGACACCAUUGACAGCAGCAUAAGUCGACACCUGGAUAUCAUGAAGACCAUUAUUUACAAGGCUGACCUCGAGAUCUUGGCUGUUGAACGGCAGGAGGGCUUCCCAGAGGUCAUGAUGCCUGUAUGGAUGAUUGCAAUGAAAUAGAAUUUGGCAAAACAGGCCGUUUAAUUGAUGAGACAGAUUGAUUAGACAGUACUUUUGGGUUAUAGAUUUCCUUUUUUUUGUUAAACUUUGUGGUGCAGUUUCAAGGUUGCUGAUGGUGUCAUGAUACACUAGCCUGUGGGCAGCAAGGGAUCGGUUCCCACUCAGUGACGGUGAGGAUGUGGGUGUGAAAGGUUGUUUUUCUCUAUAUGUGCCCUGCAGCUGACUGGUGACCCGUUCAGGGGGUACCAUAGUUUUCCUUCCGCUCAAAGUCAGCUGGCAUACGUUCCAGCACCCCCCGCGAACCUGUUCAGGAUAAGCCAUGUUGAAUAUGGAUGGGUGAUAGAGGGUCAGUAGAAUUUGGACAGGUGAAUGAACCUAAAGGAAGAGACACCAAACAAAUGUUUUUUUUUCCACGUGUCAUAUACUUCGAUUGAUAAUUGCUAAAUUCCUCACAUUGACAGUAUACUUGAUCAAAUAGAUGGCUUUCACACAACGGUCCUGGACUCAAUACCUGGCCAUUGUCGAAUUGCCCUCUGACUGACUGGCAAUUAGCACAGAAUGUAAUUCCUUCUGUCCUAACUGUAUUAACUGGGAUCGUGGCAAUUUGCCCAGAAUGUAAUUCCUUCUUUCCUAACUGUAUUAACUGGGAUAGGCUACAGCUGGAUGGAUAUUUCAUCAUUUAAAUAAAUGUUGUUUCAUUAUUAAUCUUUCCCAAAAAGUAUAAAUUAUUAAAUUAAAAUUAGUUACUGAUUUGUGGAGUACUUGGGGUAAUAAUCUCUCCAAUUAAACACGAUUUGAUAUGAAUAUUGACACAUGAUACAUGGGGUGCAAUAUGAAUUAAGGAUGGUUCAAAAAGUGAUUCACAUGAUUCUCGAUUCCGGAUUACUCAUUUAUUCAAUAGAAGAGUCAUUACAAGAAUCUAUUUUUUUUUUUAUAAUUAUUCAAUCGUAUGUACAAGAUCUAGUUUCAUGUGAUACACUUGCAUCUUUCAAAUAAAAUGUAAAAGUUUCAGAUUCAAAUCACUUUUUGUCACACCCCUCAAGAGAACCUUUCGACGUACUAAAGCAGGGGUGGGCAAACCUUUUGGCUUGGGGGCCACAUUGAUUUCGAAAUUUGACAGGUGGGCAGGGUCAGCACAAGAUACGGUACAUACAAAAAACUGUAUAUGUUGACAGUCCAUACCAAACAUCAACAGCACAAAAGUAUUACCAUACUUUUCUUAAAUGAGAGCAGUGAAACAACUAUGGUAUAUGUUCUGUAUGAAGUCCAAGUAAGUUAACAACAUACAUGUGUGACAACACAAGCAACAAAGUGCAACAAUAUAUUGCCCUCUUCCUCAACUGGCGGACCGCGAUCCACGACCGGACCGCCGACCUCCUCUGUCCGGACCCCGACCUCCUCUGUCCGGGCCCUCUGCAAAUUGUAUAAAAUAAUAAUUUAUAAAGUGAUUUUUACGUUAGACAUUUUAUAUUUGUGGACUAUAAUCUGCGCAUUACCGCGAUCGCUUGUUAAAAUUAUCCGUUGUAUUCUUUGCGUGCACUAACAGAUGUUAUGCAGAGGACCGCGGCAGCGCGACUUUGCGUGUAUAAUGUUUGACUCACUGGAGACCCUGGCUGAGCAGGGCAUAUCGGCGCUGAUUGGCUCCUCUGAACUGAAGGUGUGGCCAUACAUAUGCGUCAGCAUAUACGAUGCGCUGAUUGGCUCCUCUGAACUUAAGGUGUGUCCAUACAUGAGCGUCAGCACGGGUCUAUUCCAAAACACACCCAUUCAAAAUGGAUGAUUGUGUCAGGAAACG